ACACACACGAUGGCGUGGAUAGAACCACCAACGACAGUAUCGCAGCGCCCGGCGAUCUUCUUCGCGAGCACGCUGCUCGCGCUUUGCGGCCUCGCGAGGGGGAUGUUCGACGUCGCUGCACAGCACUUGGCGAGUUUGUCGCAGGCCGACGUCCUCAAUGCUGCCUUCUAUGCGCCAUUUGUCCUCGCUUUGGUGUUCGGCUUCGUGUCAUCGACUCCCAAGAGGACAGCGUAUGCCGGGCUGGCGUUCAUGACCCUCGGCUCUGGGCUGCUCAUCGUCGCGGCGGUCGUCAAGAGCUUCAGUAUGGCAUGCGGGUUCGCGGCGAUCACCUCAGUGGGCAUCGCAGCGCUCGAACUAUCCGCCAACUCUCUCAUCGCAACUGCGCCACGACCCGCCGCCAACCUCGCCCUCGUCAACGGCGUCGGGUCCGCCGCGCGUGUCUUGGGCUCCGUCGUGGCGAGCAAGGGCGUGUUCGUGCGCGGCGCCUUCUCGGCCACGAACGCAGGCUACGUAGCCAUGGGAAUGGCGGUGCUCUCUCUUCUCUUGUGUAUUCCCGUGUGGGGAAUCUCACUGCCCCCUCCGAAAGACGACAAUGAGGCGAGCGACAGCAGCCCGAACAAGUGGCUGCCCCUCGUCGCCUUCCCGGUCGGCUUUCUUGCCCUCGGUGCCCAAGCAUCCCUCCGGACACACACAACCCAGUUCCUCGCCCAGUCAACGGGCAGCGUCACCUCGCUCCCGGCGUACAGUGCCUACGACCUCGCCCUCGGCGCCAGCGCGAUCGCCGCCGCCGCCACGUUGGCAGCGUGGACAUACUUGCGCAAGAUGGACGCAUGUGCCGCGCUGGCGAUGCAGGCGUUCGUGGCCGCCGUGUUCGCUGUCCUGAUUGCGGUCAUCAAGCGGACAGGCGGAAUCGUGUGCCUCUACCUUCUUUACACUGCUCAAGGUGCAUGCUUCCCGCUGUUCUUUGCCGUCGCGACUGCUGGUGUGAGGAACAAGUCGGUCGCCGGUGGAAUCGUCGUGGCGAGCACAAGUGGUGGAGCGGUGCUCCCCCUCCUCCAACGGCUCCUGGGCGCAGCCACCACCAUUUCCAAGUCCUUCCCGCUGCUUGUUGUCGGUUUUAUCCCCCUCUCACUGUAUGCUUUCGUCAUGUGGAUUCAGGAGUCAAAACGGACCGGCGGGGAGAUGGUGGCGUGGCACGACGAGUGGAACGAGCGUCCGAGCACGACCGCCCAUCAGCCAGAGUGGCAGACGUUGGACGUAGAGCUAGUGUCGAGAGAGACGACCCGGGCGUAGACUUACUGUACCAUGAUUGUAUGAACCGCUGUGACAG